AUGGAGCCGCAAAAAACCGGGACUUCACCGUCCAAAAACCACCUAAGUCAAUGGUGGAAACAGAUUCGCAACAAUCCGAAAAGCAUGUCGUCUGAUUCUUUGUCAGUGAGUGGAGAAACAAUUCAUUUGCGACCCUUGCUGAUGGGUCACUCGAGGUCGUUCAACAACGGGCGGCGUACGGGGUCGCCGCCGCCCAGCAACCCGCAAAGCGACGAGUACCGGUCGUACCGGGAUUCGUUUCUGACCAGUCGAAACCAGUUUAUGGGCCAUAUAUUCGGGGUUCCGCUGUCACAGUCGUUGAGUGUGGCUAGUGCAGAGGUGAUUGUGCAAAGCGAACUCGAGAGUUUUGGCCGAAUUCCAAUUUUGGUGGCCAAAUGCGGUGCAUUCUUGAAGGCAAACGCGUUGCAAACGUCGGGCAUCUUUCGUAUUGCGGGCAAUAACAAGCGCGUAAAGGAGCUGCAGUACAUCUUUUCGACACCUCCAAGCUACGGCACCAAGCUCAGCGACUGGGACGGCUUCACCGUGCACGAUGCGGCGUCCGUGCUACGCAGAUUCCUCAACAACCUUGAAGAGCCCCUAGUGCCGCUCGAGAUCUAUGAGAGAUUCCGAAAGCCACUGCAGGACAGACCACGGAUUCCCAAGCAUCUGGCACAGGGAACAGUACGGGACGACCAGCAGGAGGUGGCACCAACGCCGGUGCCAGUAGACUCACAAGGAGAGGAAAAACAAAAAAUGAAGGCAGUUCGCCACAAGAAAAGGCUUACCCGUGAUAUAAGAGCAGCUUUGAAAGAGUACGAAUCGCUUUUUGGCGCUUUGUCGUCCGAUGCGCGACAACUAUUAAUUUACUUGCUAGAUUUGCUCUCACUCUUCGCUCAGCAAGCUGACGAAAACCUGAUGACCGCGCGCAAUUUGGCAGCUGUCUUUCAACCCUCAAUCAUAUCACACCCACAACAUGAUAUGGACCCCAAGGAAUACGAGCUGUCCCGAAUUGUUGUCGAGUUUCUGAUUGAAUACUCGUAUAAGCUACUGCCGCACUUGCUCAAGCACUGUAGUGCGACGCCAAAGCUCACUGCAAAACGCACUACAGAUACAAGUGCACGAGAACUCCAUCAGGCUCCAAAUCUAUCCGUGCCUCAAACUAAUAUAUCACCAGAGCCCGAGAGCCGUACAGAGGAGCACGACGGUCUGAUAUCACCUACAACGCCUACUGAGCAACGUACUCAGAAUCUGGAUUGUCAUCCUCCAGAGUUGAACCCUCCAAGCCCGUCAUUUUUAGGUAAAGCGAAGGCAAUCCCAAAGGGCAGACCGCAUAGCAAAUCACUGAGUUACACUCUCAAUCCUUCAGACAUCAUCUCUGGAAGGCGAAACUCUCGACGUUCGUGGCUCAACAGGGUCCUUUCAAAUGAUACUGCAGAGUUCACAGGAACUGAAGAGGAAUGCGAGGAGGAAGAGGAUGAUGACCUUCACUCGCCAUUAAGCAAUCAGUCAGGAUCAGUUCCCAAGCAAAACUUUCUCACCCUUCCUCGGCCUCGAACCCCUAGGACCAUGAGCGGGAACAGUAGCACGUCGGGUGGCAUGCGGCCCCUGUCAGCAGUCAUGAACAUAUCGAUGGAAGAGAUUGCUGCUUCGGUAGGAAUACGAAGAAACAGUAACACACACACAGACAACUCAGCGUUAUGCACUGAUGAAGAAAGUGACUCGCGCGCUAGAUCUAGAUCAGUCAGACGAAACUCAUGGUUUCAGAGACUGAGGAGCCGAUCUAGGUCCGCGAAAAACGAAAGAGAUGUUUGA